AUGGGGCUGGGCGGAGCAGCGCUGCACCCACCCCAAGCUGCAGUGACCCCCCCUGGAAACCCACAGCACAGCCCAGAACCCCAAACCACUCUGCUGCCCGAGUUCCAGAAGCAGCACGAGCACCUCACCCGCCAGCACCAGGUGCAGCUCCAGAAGCACCUCAAGCAGCAGCAGGAGGCCCUGGCAGCCCGGCGGCAGCAGGAGCUGGAGCAGCAGCGGCAGCGGGAGCGGCAGGAGCUGGAGCAGCAGCGCCUGGAGCAGCUGCAGAGCCUGCGGCCCAAGGAGCGGGGCCGUGACAGCGCCAUCGCCAGCACGGAGGUGAAGCUGAAGCUCCAGGAAUUCCUGCUCAGCAAGACGAAGGAGCCGGGCCCCGGCCCCCCCAACCAUUCCCUCCCCCAGCACCCCAAAUGUUGGGCUCACCACACCUCGUUGGACCAGAGUUCCCCCCCCCAGACCGGCAGCCCGGGGACCCCCCCGUCCUACAAGCUCCCCCUCCUCGGCACCUACGACGGCCGGGACGAUUUCCCGCUCCGCAAAACCGCGUCCGAGCCCAACCUGAAGGUGCGCUCGCGGCUGAAGCAGAAGGUGGCGGAGCGGAGGAGCAGCCCCCUCCUGCGGCGCCGCGACGGCUCCGUGCUCAGCGCCUUCCGCAAGCGCCACGUGGAGAUCACCGUGUCAUCGGUCUGCAGCAGCGCCCCCGGGUCGGGGCCCAGCUCCCCCAACAGCUCCCACGGUGCCCACAAUGGCCUGGCUGCCUCUGUCCCCAACAUCCACAGCGAGCAGCUCCUGCCCCAGCCCCGCGCCCUGGCCCUGGACGGGGCCCAGCUGAGCCUCUACACGUCCCCAUCGCUGCCCAACCUGUCCCUGGGGCUGCAGGCCACUGUCACUGUCACCAGCGCCCACCUCCCUGUGUCCCCCAAGCUGUCGCCGCAGGCGGAGGGCGAGCGGCCGGGGGUGCCCCCGGGGGUGUCCCCGCUGCGCCCCGGGGCCGCCCUCACCGGCAAGUUCCUGAGCACGUCCUCGAUCCCGGGCUGCCUGCUGGGGGUGGCCCUGGACGGCGACGCCCCGGCCGGCUCCCCGUCCCUGCUGCAGCACGUGCUGCUGCUGGAGCAGGCGCGGCAGCAGAGCACCCUCAUUGCUGUGCCCCUGCACGGGCAGUCCCCGCUGGUGGCGGCGGCGGGCGCCGGGGCUCCGCGCGGCCCCGGGGGCAGCAAGCUGCCGCGGCACCGGCCCCUGAGCCGCACGCAGUCCUCGCCGCUGCCGCAGAGCCCCCAGGCGCUGCCCCACGGGCCCCUCCAGCAGCACUUCCUGGACAAGCAGCAGCUCCAGCUGGCCAAGCUGCUCCCCAAGGGGGGGGAGCUGGCACGGCAGCCCCCCACCCACCCCGAGGAGACGGAGGAGGAGCUGACGGAGCAGCAGUCGCCCCCCCCGGGGGGGAGAGGCCCCCCCGGCCCCCCCCUCGGCCCCCCCAUCGCCCUGGUGUCCCCGGAGGCCGGGGAGCCCCCGGAGCAGCCCCAGGACCCCGAGGGCUGCCAGGAGCCGGGUGACAGCGGGGACGAGGCCGAGCCCCCUGGGGACCCCGACGUCACUGAGCUGGGGGUCACCUACAAGCAGGUGUACCCCGAGGCGCCGCUGCAGCUCUUCCCCGCGCCCCCCCUGGGGGUCCUGGCUCUGCCCCACGCCGCCCUCGCCCGCACGCAAUCGUCCCCAGCCAGCGUCAAACCCCCCCAGCCCGAGGGGCCCCCCAAGCACCUCUUCACCACAGGUGUGGUGUACGACACGUUCAUGCUGAAGCACCAGUGCACCUGCGGGAACACCACCAUCCACCCCGAGCACGCCGGCCGCAUCCAGAGCAUCUGGUCCCGGCUGCAGGAGACGGGGCUGCUGGGCAAGUGUGAGCGGAUCCGGGGCAGGAAGGCGACGCUGGAGGAGAUCCAGACGGUGCACUCGGAGCACCACGCGCUGCUCUACGGCACCAGCCCCCUGAACCGCCAGAAACUGGACAGCAAAAAGCUGCUGGGUCCCAUCACUCCGAAGACGUACGCGGUGCUGCCGUGCGGGGGCAUCGGGGUGGACAGUGACACGGUGUGGAACGAGCUGCACUCGUCCAGCGCGGUGCGCACGGCCGUGGGCUGCCUGCUCGAGCUGGCCUUCAAGGUGGCCGCAGGGGAGGUCAAGAAUGGCUUCGCUGUCAUCCGCCCCCCAGGCCACCACGCCGAGGAGUCCACGGCCAUGGGCUUUUGCUUCUUCAACUCGGUGGCCAUCUCGGCCAAGCUGCUGCAGCAGCGGCUCAGCGUGGGCCGGAUCCUCAUCGUGGACUGGGACAUCCACCACGGCAAUGGGACCCAGCAGGCCUUCUACAGCGACCCGCACGUGCUCUACAUCUCCCUGCACCGCUACGACGACGGCAACUUCUUCCCGGGCAGCGGGGCCCCCGAGGAGGUGGGCAGCGGGCCGGGCGUGGGCUACAACAUCAACAUCGCCUGGACGGGCGGCGUGGACCCCCCGAUCGGGGACGUGGAGUACCUGACGGCCUUCAGGACGGUGGUGAUGCCCAUCGCCAAGGAGUUCUCCCCGGAGCUGGUGCUGGUCUCCGCCGGCUUCGACGCCGUCGAGGGCCACCUGUCCCCUCUGGGUGGCUACUCCGUCACCGCCAAGUGUUUUGGGCACCUGACCAAGCAGCUGAUGAUGCUGGCGGGGGGCCGGGUGGUGCUGGCGCUGGAGGGGGGACACGACCUGACGGCCAUCUGCGACGCCUCCGAGGCCUGUGUCACCGCCCUGCUGGGCCUCGAGCUGGAGCCCCUGGACCCGGCCCUGCUGCAGCAGAAGCCCAACGUGAACGCGGUGGCCACGCUGGAGAAAGUCAUCGAGAUCCAGAGCCGGCACUGGGGCUCUGUCCGGCGCUUCGCCGCCGCCGUGGGCCGGUCCCUGCUGGAGGCGCAGCGCGGGGACACCGAGGAGGCCGAGACGGUGACAGCCAUGGCCCUGCUGUCCGUGGGGGCUGAGCACGGCAGGACAGAGCCACAGGCCAGGCCAGCAGAGGAGCCCAUGGAGGCCGAGCCCACGCUCUGACCCACCCGGAUCAUCCAGCAAACCAAGGAACACCUGGAAAAGAAGAAAAGAAGAAAAACACACAAAGAAAAAAAAUCACAGUAAAAGGAAAACGAAACAAAACAAAAAAAAAUCCAAAACACACACAAAAAAAACACUAAAAAAAAA